CAGCUGCACGUGCUCGCUUCACAACCGUCGAACGGACCCGCGCGCAUCUUUUGCACCAUCGUCAUAUUGUUUUUCCUGCAGCGGGUGACGGAAGAAGUUCGUACUGGCGCCUGUGUUGCAGCCAACAAACGCCUGGGGAAUGGCGGAGAAUAGCCUGCUGCCUUCCGGCGGAGGCUGCCUGAAUGUGCCUCCUGAACCGAUCAACUCGAUGAAACGCAACAGACCGGCCCGAAAAUGUGUCAGGAAGAUCCAGCCCGCAGAGGAAGACAGUUACCCUGGUUCUGAUAGCGAUUAUGACGAUUCUAAGCCGGGAAGGAAAACACCUGCCGCACGUAUGGCAAGAAGGCACAAACUGGCUGCAGCUGCUCGUAUUCGCAAGGGAAGGCUAGCCAAAUACCUCCACAGAAUGCCAGUUGAAAUCAUGGCUGAGAUUUACUCUUACGUCAGUCCCCGAGACCUUCUCAGCCUCGCUCGGUCUGGAAAAGUAUUCGCCAGAUACCUACUUGGUCUCGCUGGCACCUGGGUUUGGAAACUAGCGCGUGAAGCCGUUCCAGAUCUCCCCCCUUUAUCAUACCCACACGACCUUACCGAACAGAAAUACGCCCUCCUUGCUUUCGGUGUACACUGUCAGAAAUGCGGUACAGUGUCGACGAACUCGACUGAUUGGGAUCUGCGUAGACGUUGGUGUAUGAAAUGUCGGAACUCUAUAGAUCAAGACCCGGAUUGGUGUGAUGUCCUUGGCGAGACUUGGCCCUUUCCCUUCCCAUUGGAUAGAACAGCCAUUGUCUAUUUCUCCUUGGUUAUCUGUGAAGGAGGGAAAUACCACAAACAAAUAUGUAAACGCUCUGAAUUUGAGGAUCUCAAAAGAGAGUUUCAAUCAUUUAGCGAAAAACAAGACAAGGAGGGACUGGGGAAAUUCAUCAAGAAACGGCAAGAACUGAGGCAAAGUGUGUCCGCCCAUGCGGUACUAUGCCGUCAGUGGGUAGAUUCGUACCGCAGUAGUCGAAGGGCUGAACUUCGAUCCGUUCAACAAACACGAAUCGCUGCCGUGCGCGAAAAGCUUAAGGAUGAAGGCUUCAUGCCGCAGCUAGUCGAUGAAGCAAAUUUAAGCCGUAUUCGCACGAUCCGAGUCUCGAAGCUGCUCAGUGCUCAGCAUUGGUCUUCCAUAAAGGGAAAUGCGAUCGAAGUCAUGAAGGAAUUCGUACGAAACAAGCAUUGCAGACUUACCGAGUCCCUGAAGAAAAUUGUACAACGUAAAUACGCGGAAUGGUACUGCAGUCGAGAUCCCAUGGGUGCAAUAUGGCCUUCUCCUUCUCAUUUCGACCGGAAUAAAACGAUAGAGGCACUUACCAGGGAUUACGUGGAUCAACGUUUCACGGAGAUUAUCAAACGGCGCGAGUCUUUCGUGGACAUGCCCAUAGAUGUGAUCACCGAAAAGUUUGAGGCCAUUGCGCACCAUUACUCGCGGGAAAUACGAGAGAAGUUAUAUGAAAUGGUUCCUGAGGAGCUUCGCCUUGCUACCCCGGAGGAGACCUUCGCACUUGCUCGUACAGUCUUCAAAUCACCCUAUGCACACUCUUCCAGGCACUUCCAUUACGUUGUCUACAUACUGGGGACUCAAAUUGGGGAUCCACUACCCGUUUCAUUCGACGCAACUUCAUCUCAGAUUAUCAGCGACAUUAUUCGCUCAGGUGGCUGGGAUCCGGAUACAAUGACGGUUCCCCAACUCGACGCGACGGAAAUUCGAGUUGAAUGCAUGACUUGUGCAAAUGAAAAAGGUUUCGGCCCAAAGUAUACCUGGCAAGGAGUGUAUCAGCACAUUCCUGCUCACGUAAAAGAGGAUCAAGAACCACAACACACCAAAUGGCGCAUUCUGCGCGAGCACGAAAGGCAACGCUACAUCAGAGAAGCGGAGGAACGGGCGAUCCUUCAAAUGAGAAUUCGAAUUAUUGGACCCAAGUGGAGAUGCUGUCUUUGUCCCGUGAUUUGGCAGUGGGCAGAGGUACAUGCCGACUUCCCCACAGAGGACGAAGUUAAAGAGCAUAUCUUGACAGAACAUCCCAUGGCACGACCAGAUGUUCAAGUUUGCUAUAUGGAGGACAUCAGCGUAUCGCCCACUAUCCGCGCGUCAGCCGAGUGGAAUCCUCAUGCCUGUGGCUGACGCAAAGCACCUUGUUCACCGGCCUUUGAAUGAGGACAGUAUGACACUCUUCAUUUCGGGAUUUGUGGACAAUCUUUCUGGUUGUUGCACUAAUUUAUAGACCGCCAGCGUGGUGGCUUAUCUAUUGAACAUCAUAUUUGCCGAUUGGUAUUCCAUAGUGUUGUGCUAUUCCCUUGCAUCAGUAGUGUUGUGUGUUGUGUCACUGUACCUAGCUUAGUAAGCCAGAUCGGCAGCCAUGUACGCACUCGAUGUAUUAAAUCAUACUGUUCUCCAACACGCGCGCGUU